UAGCGUAGGCCUACUUAAUUUGAUCAAGUGCUUAUUACAUAAUGUAUAUUUGUGCAAGAAUAUAAUAUGUAAGGUAACUGUAAUGGGCGUGUUACUGUAUAAGAUAAGUUAUUUCAUGGUUGUUUCAGCGUUGCCAGUGAACGGGCCCCCAGAAAAUCUUAUUUGAAAGUAAAAAUGACAGUAAUUUCACGUUGACAAAAUAGGUCUAUACAUACACUACUGCCAAGGCCUAGGCAUAUGGUUGGGAUUUUAAACGCAAAUGUUAGACGUUAAAAUGGGAUGUCCAAGCAUUAAAAAUAGAUCAGCCCAGAUGUCGCUCGGGUUUGCAAUCCCUCUACUGCUGCUAAAGCUUUAUUAUCCUUAUGUAAGAGCUGCAGUGACUGAAGCAAAAAUGUUCUGCAAGAUCCUCCGAACACAGAUCUACAGAAGAACAAUUUAAAACAUUUUGGGGGGGUAAAAUUUGUCUACAACAGGGGAUAGAUUGCGGUGAAAAUAGUGUGUAGGCUACGCGUCAUGUUAAUGUAAAGUGAACAACUGUAAUGUGAUUUUUUUUUCUGUCACAACACUUCCGGGUAUGCGGGAGCUGGUUUUCAAGAACAAAUAUUUUUGCCGAAACUAGAAGUCCGACUUUUAACAAUCGGUUAUAGUUGCAGAACAACUGAAUGUUUUGCUUACAUGGUCACCGUACCAAUUUUGUUACAUGGUCACCGUACCAAUUUUGUUAAAUUGUUGCCUGCCUUGGGAAUUCGGAAACACCUCAAUUAGUGGGCUUUUGGAGAGAUUAUCCCGAUACAACACAUACUGUGGAAACAGUUUUUUGACCAGUGUAUGGAUUUUUUCUUUUUUUUUACACGUUCCACCCAUAAAUACCGAUAUGCAGAUAGUCUUUUUAUUUAUAGUUUCUCUAUUUUUAACGAAUGGUGCAACAAAGCCGCCUGCGGAGGUUGUAGAUCCUGAAUAUGACUUCCUCAGUUCCAUGCUUUCAGACUUUGAGGUGCUGCCCCUCGCCAGUCUCCAGACUCACUCGGUCCGGCGGCGGGACCUCCAGACACAGACCCACGUGGAACGACAUCUCAGCUUCACUGCCUUACAGAGGCAUUUCAAGCUGUAUCUGAGGACCAACACGGAGCUGUUCACAGAGGACUUCAGCGCUGUGUUCGUGGAUGAGGAUGGACAGGAGGACAGUUACGAGGUCAACAGACAGAACUUCUUCACCGGCCAUGUCAUAGGGGAGGAGAACUCUAGAGUGCAGGCGCAUAUUGAUGACAAUGACUUCUCGGCACACAUCCUCACUGACGGAGCAGAGUACAACAUUGAGCCCCUGUGGAGGUUUACGUCGGCGCCCCCCGAUGGCCGUUUGCUGGUAUACCGUCCUGAGCACAUAAGGAACAUCAGCCGACUGGCCUCGCCCAAGGUCUGUGGCUACGUGAAGGCUGACUCCAAUGACCUGCUGCCUGAGAGUAUGAGAUCAGCUAGACUGGAGGAUGAGGAGGAAGAGCCCCUGGUCAGAGAGAAGAGACAGGUUCAUGACCACAGGAAGAACACCUGUCCUUUACUCUUGGUGGCUGACCAUCGCUUCUUCCAAGAGAUGGGCCGUGGCGAGGAGAGCACUACCCUCAACUACCUGAUCGAGCUGAUUGACCGCGUGGAUGACAUCUACAGGUCGACGUCGUGGGAUGACGAGUAUAAAGGAUACGGGGUUCAGAUCCAACAGAUCAUCAUUGAGAAGGUCCCCACCCGCGUACCCCCGGGGGAGGCCCACUUCAACAUGAGGGGAAGUCCCGUAGAGGGUAAGGAUGUCUGGGACGUGAAGAAGCUCUUGGAGCAAUUCAGUGUGGACAUAGCAGACAACGCGUCCAAGGUGUGUCUGGCUCACCUGUUCACCUACCAGGACUUUGACGAGGGGACCCUGGGCCUGGCCUACGUGGCCCCCUCCAGACAGGGCAUCCCUGGGGGCCUCUGCUCAGAGAAGUGCCCUCCGUCUUCGCCUGAGACGAGAGCUAUUUAUCUCAACACUGGGCUCACCAGCACUAAGAACUAUGGGAAAACUAUUCUGACCAAGGAGGCAGACCUGGUGACAACUCACGAGCUGGGCCAUAACUUUGGGGCAGAGCACGACCCUGAUAACAUCCCCUACUGUGCUCCCAGGGAAGACCAGGGGGGCAAAUACGUCAUGUACCCCAUCGCUGUGAGCGGAGACCACGUCAACAACAAGCUUUUCUCCAACUGCAGUAAGAUCUCAAUUGUGAAGCGUCUGAGGAACAAGGCUCCAGUCUGCUUCAGGGAGAGGAACAGUAACGUGUGUGGGAACAGCAGGGUGGAACAGGGUGAGGAGUGUGACCCGGGACUGCUGCACAUCAACGACGACCGCUGCUGUACCUCCGACUGCAAGCUCCGCCCCACAGCCAAGUGCAGUGACAGGAACAGUGCAUGCUGUAAGCAGUGCCAGUAUGAGCGGGAGGGCAAGGUGUGCCAGGAGCCCAUCAGUGCCACCUGUAAGGGCAAGUCCUACUGCACAGGCAACAGUAGUGAGUGUCCGUCUCCUGAGAACGCCCCUGACAAGACUGUGUGUUUGGACAACGGAGAGUGUCUGGACGGUGUAUGUAUCCCUUUCUGUGAGGCCGUCAAGAACCUGCAGUCCUGCGCCUGCAAUGAAACCAACUCGUCAUGUAAAGUGUGCUGUCGAAGCACCAGUGGAGUGUGCGCCCCAUUCCAGGACGACGGCGGGGAAUUCAUCUACCUCCGCAAGGGGAAACCCUGCACCGUGGGCUUCUGUGACGGAGCAGGUAAAUGUAUGAAGCAAGUUCAGGAUGUCAUUGAGAGGCUGUGGGAUUUCAUUGACAAGCUGGACAUCAACACGUUUCGGAAGUUUUUGGCGGACAACAUCGUGGGCUCUGUGGUGGUCUUCUCCUUGGUCUUCUGGGUCCCCCUCAGCAUCCUGGUUCACUGUGUGGAUAAAAAACUGGAUCAGCAGUAUGAACAGACCACCAAGUCUCUGCUUUUUCCGAGUAAUGCAGAGUUUAUGAGCAGUCUGGAGUCAGCCUCUGUACGGAUCUUCAAACCCCCUGCCAUUUCAGCCCUGCGCUUCCAGGCCUCUGGCCCCCAGCAGACCAGCACUCCCCCCAUCCAAGCCCCAACUCCAGCUCGAACCCCUGGGGCCCAAGUCCCAACCUCCACUCCCAGCCCUAGCCAGAGUCCCCUCCCCCCCCUGGAGAGCCCACGCAUGGCCACCAUCCAGGAGGACCCCAGUUUUGACUCCCACCUGGAUGAAGAGGCCUUGGAGGGCGACUUUCCCAUGGGGAGUUCGGCUCCACACUCCUUUGAGGAUCUGACAGAGCGUGGGCCCCUGGCCCGACGCAGUGACAAGGCCCUGUCCUUCAGACUCCAGAGACAGGCCCGCAUCCGCAUCAACAGCAAGGAGACAGAGUGCUGAGAAAGGGAGGCGAAGAGAGAGAGAUACAGAGGGCUCUUUAACACAGAGGAGACUGAUAAAGAGAGAGAAAGAGACUGGAGGAGGAGAGGACAGAGCGUGGGAGAGGAUGCUCACCCAAUCACCACUGAAUGGCAGACCACAGAGUAAAACAAGCUGGACUUGUCUGAUACUAUAUGUGGGCUGAGUUAUAUAAGGUAUUAUAUGAAGUUGGAGAGCAGCUUCAGUUGAAAAUAGGAUCCACUGGGCUAAAAUGAAACCUACUGAGCAUUGAAAAGCCAAAUUCUUCCAAACUGAAAUUAGAAAUCAACAUAGUCAAUCUUUCAUAGAUGAAACGAUCACGUCUAGAAUUGUCUUGCUACGACCAGGUCAUAUUGAUGAUGUUCUGGUUUCAGAUGAUGUAUCGUUUAAGAUAUCCUGAGCUGCUCACUUGCACAGCCUGGCACAUGAACAUGUUGCACCAUGCCUCCAUGUAUGUAGUUGAGUUGGUUGACAGUGACACUUUUGGCACAGUUUGAAAAUAGGUCAGCAAAUAUAUGCUUUAACACCCUUAUGCAUACAUCACCAGCAGGACUGUGGCUAUGUCUGUAAUAUCAUUGGCCUGGUGCGAGUUAAUGUACUUUGUGGCACAGCAAUAUAACACUAGUUUACCGCUUGGCUCUUCGUAACCGUGACAUGUAACCUGGGGGGUAGGGUGGAAUUAAUUUAUCAUGGAAAAGUCUACAAAACUGUUACCAAGUAUUUCAUUUGUUGGGCGAGCCUGGUUGGCUGUAACUAAUAACAAAACCAGCAUAAUGUUUACUUUUCAAUUCUGUGAACCGUAGCCUGAACCAGUAUUACUCAGAGAUAGAUGGGCUCAUUUUUGUACCUGUGCCGUUAUAGCCAUUGAGGGUGUCUCCGUUCUGAGGGAAUCCAUUUUCUUCCAGGGUCACCAGAAGCUUUCUUUCUCCAACAGGGUCACCAGAAGGGAUCAGCCAAUAAAGUUGGAAGUCCCGCCCAGUUUACUUCAUUAAAUCCUGACUGUUAUUAGGUAAUUUGUCAAACCAGACCUGUAUGGUGUCUUAUGCAUGGAGAUAGAUCUGACAUGUAAGAUUGACAAAACUCUAAUUGUUACUCAACUCUUAAUUGCGGAAAGUGUUUUUGAUACCAUUUGUAUGCUUUCAUAUGACAAUUGUGACAAUCAGCAAGAUGUCUAUUUCUAGCCUCACACGAGCCAGUUAUAUAAUAUAAUCGUCCAAUUCUGUCUUUGGCCACUAUCUCAUCCGAUGUUUGAAAAUGUAUUGUUGUAUUAGCUACCUUUAUGUGCCAUAUUAUCUGGUAGUUAGUUUCAUUGUGAACUCCUGCCAGACAUGAUCUCACCAACCUGUUAUGGGUUUAACAGAGUUUACAUUGGAAAUCCCAUAUUUAGGAAUUUCUUUGUAUUUUAUGCUCUCACAUACAGAAUAUGAUUUAUUCUUUGAAAGAAAGCCCCAACAGCGCCCUUCAAGUAUUGUAUAUCUGGAUUUGUGAUUAACUUGUAUCAUGCCUCAGGUAGGUUGUCUUCAGGUGUUGCAAUGGCUAUAUAUUAAAAUGUCAGACACUCAAA